CCUCAGCGCGAAGAGCCCUUGUUAUCUCUCUCUCUCCUUCAUAUAGAGCCCUUUCCCACUCACAACUCAACACACACAAAGCAACGCACCAAAUCCACACAAACGAAUAAUAUCUCUCUGUUUCUACUCUCUCUAGAGGUUUCAUCAUGAAAGGAGCUAAAUCAAAGGCUAAAGCUGAUACCAAGCUUGGUGUAAGGAAGAAGGCUACUGAGAGUAAGAAAGCGAAGAACGCUGCUAAGGAUCCAAACAAGCCUAAGAGGCCUCCAAGUGCCUUCUUCGUUUUCAUGGAGGAGUUCAGGAAGACCUACAAGGAGAAGCACCCAAACAACAAAUCUGUUGCUGUUGUUGGCAAAGCUGGUGGAGACAAGUGGAAACAGUUGUCAGAUGAAGAGAAAGCACCUUACCAAGCCAAGGCUGAGAAGAGGAAGGCUGAGUACCAAAAGAACAUGGAUGCAUAUAACAAAAAACUGGCUGCUGGUGAUGCUGAUGAUGAGGAAUCUGACAAGUCCAAGUCUGAGGUACAUGAUGAUGAUGAGGACGAUGAUGGAAGUGAAGAGGAGGAUGAUGAUUAAACAAUCAGUAGGCUGUUGAAAUUCAGAAAAUGGUGGAGAAGUUCAUGUAGGAAUUGCUAUCAGUCCUUACCUUUUAUAAAUAGAUGCCCUCUUUUUUACAUUUUUUUUUAGUUUUUGUUCUUUGGGGGUUUAGUUUGGACAGAAAAGUGAAAUUCAGAUGACUUGCCUUGAAAGCUCAAGUAGUUUAUGUAAUUUCUCUAUUAUGUUGGUGUUAAUGAAAAAUUCAGCUUGGGAAUUACUUU